UUACACCGACAAUGGUGAAGCCAUUAUCUCAAGCAGUGACGAUGAUCAGAUGAUUAUGUAUGAUUGUACAUCCGGGACGCCCAAAAGAACUAUCAACAGCAAGAAAUACGGUGUCAAUCUUAUCCAGUUUACGCACAGCCCUACAACGGCAAUUCAUGCAUCAACGAAAAUUGAUGAUACAAUUCGAUAUCUUUCCUUGCAUGACAACAAGUACAUUCGCUACUUUCAAGGUCAUAUAAAACGCGUUGUUUGUUUAUGUAUGUCGCCUAUUGACGACACAUUUCUGUCAGGUGCGCUCGACGGGACUGUAAGGCUUUGGGAUCUACGUUCUCAAAAUUGCCAUGGUGUGAUGCACGUUCCGAGUCGCCCGACUGCAGCUUUUGAUCCCGAUGGACUUAUUUUCGCUGCGGGAAUCAACUCUGAAUGCUUGAAACUGUAUGACCUACGUUCGUUUGACAAGGGACCUUUUGCCACGUUUAAAUUAACGACUGCUGAGGCUCAGGGAAUUGAAUGGACCAGUCUAAAGUUUUCUCCCGACGGCAAAACCAUCCUUAUCUGCACCAAUGGCAAUUUUCUACGCCUAGUCGAUGCCUUCUCGGGGGUGCACCUUCAUACCCUCAUGAUUGCAAACAACAUCGAAAAGCAGACCAUAGAUGCCUGUUUUACGCCUAACAGCCAAUUUAUCAUCAACACCACACCCGACUCAUUCCUACAGAUUUGGGCAGUGGAUUCUGGAAGUCGUCUCGCUUCUCUGCCUAGUUUUGAGGCCGCUAGCCAAAUGACAGGCUCCAGCGCACUGCUGAAUUGUGUUGCUUUCAAUCCCCGGUUCGCCAUGCUUGCUACUGGGUCCCAACAAACCUCUUUCUGGCUUCCAAAUGUCGAUGUUGAAUAA